AUGCCCACACAACGUGCUCCAGAUAUGCUUAAUAACCCUUUUGCGUGGAUCGAGGCCGAUGUGCAAGAGACGGCGAACCCGCCCUUCAUCCUUGAGCCCGCGGGCUGCAAAUUACCAGACAACGUAAAGUUCAAGGUGUACUCAAGACAGCGCAAACCGGACGAGGUAGCGAAGGAUGCGACGCAGCUGGAGCGGCGAGAGUAUCUGCUCUUCUCCAACGACCACCCGGUGUACGAGUUCACAGCCAGAGAAGAUCCAGCGACGAGGUGGACAAGGCUAUACGUCGGCUACGAGGAUCCCAAGACUGGGAAGAAGGAUGUGGUCCAGACGAGGAAGCUCAUCGUAAGAGCGAUAGCGAGGGGGCAAAUGCCUCCCGACCCGUCCACGGCGGGCCGUUCCGGCCAAGAUGUUCGUGCCCCCCGCCGGGCCACCCCACCUCCGCUCUAUGCAACGAGCGAAGAAGGCGAUCGAGGAGAAGGCGAGAAACGAGAUUGCACUCCCACGAUGAAUGAGGACGGUACGCCAAUGGUGCUUGGCGAAGCCGAGAGCGCGACGCUAGAUGCGAUCAAGAGCGCCUCGGCUGGCAUGGCCACGCGCGACGAACUACAAGCCUCGAUCGACUCGACGAAACCGAUUCCGCAUGCGAACCUGGAGGCGACGGAGAUCCAGGACGUGUACAAGCCGGAGGAAAUCAUCGGGGCCGAAAUACUCAAUGGCAUCCGCAUCAAGGAUUGGCAAGAAGCGUGCGACAAGGGCGAGGGAGUGCAGCUCAUGUCCAAAUUUGUGGCGAGUCGACUCAACAACGUGGCCCGAGGACCCAACAGUGCAUCUCGGUUACGGUUGUUGCGAUAUAUCUAUUACCUCAUUGUGUACUACACCAACGCGACAAGGAAACGAGCGGGGCGCACGGCGAUGCUCAAAAAGGACUUCAAAUCCAUCACCGGGGCGUCGGACACGAUUUCGGAUCAUUUCCUGCGCACAUUCACCAACGGACGAGGGGAGAUUAACAGCUACUACGACUCGCUUAUGCUUACUCACGCGCUCGCACUCGCUAGCGUUCUGGAUGGCUUCACAUUUGACGUGCAGUUUCUCCGAGAAGACCUCAAGAUCGACAUGGAGAAGUUCUCGACUCACUUCAAGGAGAUUGGCGGACGAGUCAAGGAGCUGAAGGAGAAGUCUACGGGUAGGGUGAAGCACGUGGCGACGUUGGCGCUUCCGCUCCAGUUCCCACGCCAGCGCAGGAUCCGCCAGCGCCGUAACUAG